AGAGAAGUUCGGUCCGUGUAGAGUGUGAGAGCGAGGGGGGCGGGGGCCGGGCAGAGCGGGGCGGCCGGGCGAGUGGACUCGCGAACAGACAGACCGGCGGACCGGACAGCCGCGGCCGUACGCCCUCCUGGCCCCGCUUAGCUCCUGAUGCGCGGGGGGAGGCAGCCCCUCUCGCCGGGGGAUGCUGCGGGACUCCCGGCGCCGGGCAUCCGGGCCGCCCACUAGACCCUUGUGCCCACCCCGUGCCCCCGGGGAACCGGAGUCCGGCCGCUGGCAAAGAGAAGCGGCCGCCGAGACGCUGCAGGGUGCCGGGCGGGGAGGGGACUGGAGGCCCCUGGCCCGAGGGCAUGGAGCGGUUAGGGGAGAAAGCUAGUCGCCUGCUGGAGAAGUUAAGGCUCUCGGACUCCGGCAGCGCCAAGUUCGGCCGCAGAAAGGGUGAAUCUAGCCGGUCUGCGUCUGAUGGGGCCCCCGGGCCGGGCAAGGGGCGCCUGAGUGGGUUGGGGGGUCCUAGGAAAUCAGGGCCCCGUGGGGCUACUGGGGGACCUGGGGAUGAGCCGUUGGAGGCAGCCCGGGAGCAGGGCCCCCUGGACGCUGAGCGGAACCCGCGCGGCUCCUUUGAGGCGCAGCGCUACGAAGGCUCCUUUUCCGGGGGGCCGCCUCCCACCCGCGCCUUGCCUCUACCUCAGUCGUUGCCCCCCGACUUUCGGCUGGAGACCACGGCCCCAGCUCUAAGCCCCCGCUCCAGUUUCGCCAGUAGCUCAGCCAGCGACGCCAGCAAGCCGUCCAGCCCGCGGGGCAGCCUGCUGCUGGAUGGGGCGGGAGCAGGCGGAGCCGGAGGUAGUCGACCCUGCAGCAAUCGCACCAGCGGCAUCAGCAUGGGCUACGACCAGCGCCACGGCAGCCCCCUGCCCGCCGGGCCAUGCCUGUUUGGCCCACCCCUGGCUGGGGCUCCGGCGGGCUAUUCCCCUGGAGGGGUGCCGUCCGCCUACCCCGAGCUCCACGCUGCCCUGGACCGACUGUGCGCUCACCGCCCCGCGGGGUUCGGCUGCCAGGAAAGCCGCCACUCCUACCCUCCGGCCCUAGGCAGCCCCGGAGCUCUAGCUGGCGCCGGAGUGGGACCGGCAGGGCCCCUGGAGAGGCGCGGGGCGCAGCCCGGACGACACUCCGUGACCGGCUACGGGGACUGUGCCGCGGGCGCCCGAUACCAGGAUGAGCUAACAGCGUUGCUGCGCCUGACGGUGGGCACGGGUGGGCGAGACCCCGGCGCCCGCGGGGAGCCCUCGGGGAUUGAGCCGUCGGGUCUCGAGGAGCCGCCGGGUGCGUUCGUCGCAGAGGCCGCCCGGGCCCGGAUGCGGGAGCCGGAGGCCAGAGAGGACUACUUCGGCACCUGUAUCAAGUGCAACAAAGGCAUCUAUGGGCAGAGCAAUGCCUGCCAGGCCCUGGACAGCCUCUACCACACCCAGUGCUUUGUCUGCUGCUCCUGUGGGCGAACUUUGCGCUGCAAGGCUUUCUACAGUGUCAAUGGCUCCGUGUACUGUGAGGAAGAUUAUCUGUUUUCAGGGUUUCAGGAGGCAGCAGAGAAAUGCUGUGUCUGUGGUCACUUGAUUUUGGAGAAGAUUCUGCAGGCCAUGGGGAAGUCCUAUCACCCAGGCUGCUUCCGAUGCAUCGUUUGCAACAAGUGCCUAGAUGGCAUCCCCUUCACAGUGGACUUCUCCAACCAGGUGUACUGUGUCACUGACUACCACAAAAAUUAUGCUCCUAAGUGUGCGGCCUGUGGCCAGCCCAUCCUCCCUUCCGAGGGCUGUGAGGACAUUGUGAGGGUGAUUUCUAUGGACCGGGAUUAUCACUUUGAGUGCUACCACUGUGAGGACUGCCGGAUGCAGCUGAGCGAUGAGGAAGGCUGCUGCUGCUUCCCUCUGGAUGGGCACUUGCUCUGCCACGGCUGUCACAUGCAGCGGCUCAGUGCCCGUCAGCCCCCUGCCAACUAUAUCUGACCUGCGGUCACCGCUGCUGCCUUCGCCACCCCUGACAAACUCCUCUGGCCAGAGGACCCCUCUGAGGCCAGCUGAGGCAAGGAACGCACUCCUAGGCCAGGCAGAAGAGUCCUCUGGGGAGGGCCCCAAGGGCCAGAGACCCAAAGAUAAGACAUUCCAAAUGAACUGUGGAGAAGGAACCUUCCAUUGCCAUGGUGGGGUGACUGGCUUUCUUUCCAUGUGUGCAGCCCGUGCUGUAGCAUAUACUCAGGCAUGCACAGGCAGGUUCCAGUACUUUCUAGUCUGCAUCUCCAGUAUACAUUUAUGCAUAAGUCAAGCAAUGUUCUGGCUUUGGAUUAUAGGAAGAGAGGACACCAUGAACACUCCUCACUCUUGCACCCCUCAGCUAUAGGGUCAGCAGGGUCUUCCCACAGUACCUUAUCUCUGAAUCUGGAUGAAGAGGUAGAAACUGGACUUUAUUAAUGAGUUGUUUUUUGGCCACCUUCGCUCUAAGGACCAGUAGAGCUGCUCACUUGUGCUGGGACGGGGGACAGCUCGGGGUGGGCCUGCUGCUUGUGUGGCCUGUUUCUCAGGGACUCACGUGGGCCUGGGAAGGCUAGGUGGGUGCCUAUACUGGCUUCCUCUUCUCUUCGGCUCGGGGAUGUAACAGGUGGAUCUUUGGGAGUGGGGGGCACUGAGCCCUCCAGCCCUGUUUAUACACACAUAGGCAUAUUUCACAGACACACACUCACUCCCUCACUCCUUUCUUCUCAGGUCACUGUUACCCGAGUUCUCUCACAGUAGCUCACCACUCCAGACCUGCCACCCCACAGAGGGAUCCAGGAUUACAACCACUACAUACCCCAAGCUCUGAGGUUCUGGGGAGCCAGAGGGGCAGCACACUUUGACCUGGUUCUAGUCUGUUUGUCUAAAAUUGGUCUCUUAAAGCAAAUUCACAGGAGACUUAAAUGCUUAAAGUUUACUUUGCUUUUUUCCAGUUGAGAAAAGAUGGUUUUAUUAAAAGCACAGAGACAAGACACUUGGGCAGAAAUUGCUGCCAAAGUUUACGUCACUUAAUGACCAGUUUGCCAAAAGUUCCAAUUCUCUUUGGAGUGUUUUUAUAGCCAUUUAGGGGUUCUGUUUCUAUGUUUUGGGUGUUUUAAGGAUUUGUAUCUAUUCAUUGAACAGUACUUCUGAUUUAUUGUUAACAUAAAUUUAUCAAAUUUGCAGCACUUUGUAAAUGAUGAGAUUGCUUCUUACCUUUAUGGACAUCUUUUCCUAUGUUAUCUACUUUUCAAAUGCUUUUCUAAAAAGUUUAAAGUUCCUAGCAAUAAAUAUAAUUGGUACAGAUA